CACUUUAGAUGUGACUCCUUGACGCUUCCGGUGGAGACUUCCAUGGAGGGCUCUGACGACACCAGCGUCACCAUCCAUUUAUCUGUUGUUCCUCAGCUCCUGGGUUAAUGUUUGUUGUUUGUGGGUUAAUUAGGUGAAUGCGAAUACAGUUACUUGUGUUUGUUUGUUUGUUUUUAUAACGGUUGGUUCCGUUUGACUCACGCGCUCGUCCUGUAACCUUGGCGUGCACGAGUGUGUGUGUACGUGAGGAGGAGUCGGUGAGGAGGAGUCGGUGAGGAGCAACAUACCGGGAUAUAAAACAUGUCGGUCAUCUGUCGCGGGUUGAACUCUUCAUCAGUGAAGAUCCUGACAGAAGCCACACUUUUGCCACCUUGCCCGUGGUUUAUGUCUGCACGCAGCAAAUUCAGCAAAGCAAGAGUCCCGAAAGAGCUUUUUGUCGAGCGAUCAAAAGAACACGAGAGAUAUGGGGGAGAUCCAGACCAGCCUCAUAAACUGCAUAUAGUGACACGAGUCAAAAGUGUGAUGCGAAGACCGUACUGGGAGAAAGAGAUGGUGAAACACCUCGGGCUUGAAAAGGGUCACACACCUGUAAUACACAAAAAUACACCUGCGGUCAAUAACCAACUGAAAUUUGUGAAGCACCUUGUAAGGAUCCAGCCGCUGAAGACUCCCUAUGGACUUCCUGCUGAAGAGGACAUGGCGGACUCCUACAUUAACAGCAAGGGAGAGUUGAUUGUUCGCCGCCUCCUCCAACCUGUGGACCCCAAGGCUAUCGACUCUUAGUUCCACUUUCAAUCGUAUUAAUUGAUAGUCCCAGUGUUUAUAAAUAUUAUGGAAGAUCCUUAGUGUCUGUGUUAGUUAUCCAGGCACGUUGGUUUAUUUUUUUCUGCCCAUCAAUAAACGCCACCAACUUAUCAGUCACGCAUGCAGCUGUUACAAUUGACAAAUUGUAAUCUGUUUUCCAUGAUAAACAGGUGAUGGUUCUGUUUAUUAAACAUGGCUUAUGAUAACAUAAAAUAAACAUUUUGAAAUUAGUAAAA